CUUUGAAACGAGGCUUGAUCAAAAUGGCGGCCUUCAAACUGAAGGUCUUACAAAAUUGUUGCUCAUUUUCCAAUCGUUUCUCCUUGUCCUUUCUUCGAACAGCUAGAUAUCAAGCUGCAUUUCGUAGAUGGAGUCACAAAGAAUGUUCUGUCGAGGUUGAAGUUGGAGGAAGGCAACUAAAGUUCUCCACAGGCAAACUCGCACUGCUUGCAGAUGGAUCGACCGUCACUCAGUAUGAAGACACCUCUGUACUAGUUACAGCAAUCUCAUCCAAGAAGCCAUCAGAAAAUUCCUUUUUGCCUUUAGUGGUUGACUACAAGGAGAAGGCUUCUGCAGCCUGUCUUAUUCCUACCACAUUCCUGAGGAGGGAUCUGCUUGCUAAUGAACGGGAGAUACUGGUCUGUAGGAGAAUUGAUCGUUCUGUGAGGUCUCUGUUCAUGAAGGGUUACACAUAUGACACACAGAUCAUAUCACAUCUUCUGGCCGCUGACCGGUUCAACAAUCCCGAUGUUGUGGCUGUGAAUGGAGCAUCUGCAUCACUUGCUUUGUCUAGUAUCCCUUGGAGAGGACCUGUAGGAGCUGUGAGAAUUGGGGAUGUUGAUGGUCAGCUGGUGGUGAACCCCUUGCGCCAACAGCUGGAGCAUAGUCAGCUUGAUCUAGUCGUCACAAGCAGUGAGAGCAAGAUAGUGAUGGUUGAAGGGUUUGCUAAAGAGGUCCCUGAUGAGAGACUUUGUGAGGCCAUAAAACUUGCAUUUUCUGAGGCCCAGCCAAUCAUUCAAGCAAUCAAGGAGCUUCGUUCAUAUGCAGGAAAAGAGAAAAAGCAUUUCGACAUCAUAUCUCCCUCACAACAGCUCAGUGAUGCAGUUGAAGAAUUUGCUGCCCCAAAGCUUGCUGAUAUUUUUUCUAACUUCGCUUAUUCCAAGCUUCAGAGAGAUGACAGAAUAUUUGGACUUAGAGAUGAAUGUGUAGAAAUCUUUCAAGAUCAAUUCCCUGAUUCUGGUCCUGGACUCAUUGAACAGGCUUUCAAUGCAGUCAACAAGUCUGUGUUCAGAGCAAAUAUACUGGAGAAACUGCAAAGAUGUGAUGGUCGCAAGUUUGAUGAACUGAGAAGUAUUGAUUGUGACAUCAACUUAUAUAAAACCCUUCAUGGCUCAUCCUUAUUUAAAAGAGGAGAGACACAGGUAUUUUCAACUGCAACGUUUGGAUCUGUCGGUUCUGCAGCCAAGGUGGACACUAUAUCUGAAGCUGUUGGGGGCAGCAAAGAAAAGCAGUUUAUGCUGCAUUAUGAGUUUCCACCUUUCUCUACAAAUGAGGUGAAACAGAGGCGAGGAAGCUUUGAUCGUCGUGAGAUAGGACAUGGUGCGCUGGCAGAGAGAGCUCUCGUCCCAGUUCUCCCUGAUGAGCUCCCUUUCACGUUACGUUUGACGGCCGAGGUUCUUGGAUCAAAUGGCUCGUCAUCCCUUGCCUCGGCGUGUGCUGGUAGUCUGGCUAUGAUGGAUGCAGGAGUUCCAAUCAAGUCACAUGUAGCUGGCUCUGCCUGUGGACUGGUGACGAGCUCUGAUGCUGAAGAUGCAAGCAAGAGAGAUAUUGACAAUUACCAGCUAUUGACAGACAUAUUGGGCAUCGAGGACUACUUGGGAGACAUGGAUUUCAAGAUCGCUGGUACAAGGCAAGGAAUCACUGCCCUUCAGGCUGAUUUCAAAGUUCCUGGUCUUCCUGUAGCCAUUGUAGAGGAAGCGAUCAGAAGAUGCUCAGUUGAUCGAGCAAAAGUAUUGGAUGUUAUGGAAGAAGUUAUCCCAAUUGCAAGAGAGUUCAAGAAAGACAAUAUUCCCGUGUCAGGGAGUGUCCGGGUGCCUCUGAGUAAGCGUGGCAGGCUGAUUGGGACAGGAGGGAUGGUCAUACGAGCGCUUCAACAGGAACUCGGCGUGUCCAUAGAUCAGGUCGAGGAGGAGGAGUUCUUGGUGUUUGCGCCUGAUCAGACUACAUAUGACGAGGCCAUCUCUAAAAUCAACGAGCUGCUUGUGGACACUAGUAUAUUUGAGGUGAGCACAAUUUCUGCCAUUUAGAGCAACCAGGAGAUA